AGUAGAUAGGAAUCAUUAUAACCGUGAGAGGUUAUCGAACGGCGAUGCGGCGUUUCCGAACCACCGAUCGGAUAACAACCUCCAAGAAACCUCAAUCAUGAGCCUCGUAUUUCGCUUUCAUCUACCCACGCGCGAUUCGCAGGGGUAGAUGCAGCCACAGCCAAGACGACAAUGAGGACAUUUAAAACAUGUCGCAGGACCCUUCUUCGCGAAAUCAGCUAGACCUACGAAGACAGUCUCAACCAAACAUGGACAGGAUGUCAAAACGACGGACAUAACGGAAAUAUUUGAAAGAGAUAUAUACCACCACAUGGACACAACAACACAAACAACGGACUACAACAUAACAUAACGAUCAACCAUCUCCAACAAUAAUGGCCCUCCAAUACCUCUCCGCCAAACUGUCCGUCCUCCCGCGCCUCUUCUCCCCAACAACGACAUUCCUCUUCGCGCCCUCCUCCGUCCCCUUCACCCUCCGCUGGCGGCUCCUCUUCAUGCAGCCCAUCAACCUCCUCGCCGCGCUUCUCACAUCCCCGCAAUGGCUCUUCAACAACCGCUACUCAGUCCUGUACGCACCGACCCGCAGCCCGGGGGCCUCCCAACGUUGCCUCGUGUACCAUCCCCCAACCAACAACUCCAAGGCGAAGAAGCCAAAGCCGCCGCUGCACAUCAACAUCCACGGCGGCGGCUGGAUCGGCGGCAUCGCAGAACAAGACAGUCGCUUCUGCGCGCACCUCUCGGACGCAACCGCCGCCAUCGUGGUCUCGAUAUCGUACCGCACGGCGCCGCGGUGGCGGUUCCCCGCCGCGCACGAGGACGUCGAGGACGUGGUGCGCUGGGUGCUUGGCCACGCGGCGAGGGAGUGGGAUGUUGAUUUGGGGGCUGUGACGGUGGGAGGGUCGUCGGUGGGUGGGACGCUGGCGCUGGGUUUGGGGAAGAGGGUUACCCUUGCUUCCUCUUCCCUACGUGAUGGCGGUGAUGAUGAGGAGGGGAUUGAUAUUAAGGGGUGCGUGCUCGUGUGUCCGCUGCUGGAUUCGCGUCCCAAGACUGUCGAGCGAGAGAAACCGCCUGGGUUUCCUGCGAAGGACCCGCUGGACUUCUUGUAUCCGCUGUUUGACGCCUACGGGGAGUUCGAGAGGCGCGAGGGUGGAGCGGUGGAGGGCGCGGCGUUGAGCCCAAUGUUGAUGCGGGCGGAGGACCUGCCGGCGAGGUUGAUGGUCGUAGUGGCGGGGGUGGACAUCCUUGCGAAGGAGCAGUUGGAGUUUGUGCGGAGGGUGGAGGGGGAGAUCGAGGAGUGCAGGGUUAUGGUCUUUGAGAAGGGAUUUCAUGGGUUCAUGGAAUUGCCGAAGUUCGUCAUGGAGAAGGAGCGCAUCGAGGUUUUCACCGAAGCUGUCGAUUUCAUCAAGCGAGCACGACGGUCUUCAUGAAUGCUGAUUACAUCUUGUAAUUUGUGAUAAAGGGGCUCUAUUUUGAAGUGCUCUGUAUUGAUUUUCUUGCUUCUAUCAAGAUUGGGUCCCAGCAGUGAAUAGACUGGCUGCUGCGUCGUCAACAGGCUUUUAAAACUUUAUAUCCAGGGUAGAUGGACACUCUCCCAUAUCUCACCAGUCUCACCUCUUCUCACUUCUAUUUUCCUUUCUGGUUUCAUCGCCAGGCUCGCCGUUGCCUGCAAACAGAGUUUCUUGGGCUGUGAUCAUGUCAGUCACUGUUACACCACUUUGCGUGAUUGAAAUGGGGUAGAAUGGGAUGGGACGGUCUCGUGCAACGUACCACUCCAUAGUUCGGAAUAGACA